GAGACGCUUCUGUCCGUCUGUCUUCCUUUCUUUUUUUCCAGUAGGGGCUGGGGCCUAUAUAUUUUGCAGCUCAUGUCUGAAAGGCUGGCUCCAAGCGCCAGGGGUGGGCUCUCUCUCUCUGAUGGUUUUCCAGUGAGUAUUUGUCAGGUCAGACUGUGCACCGCCCGGCGGUCUCCGCUCCUCUCCCCGGGUUAUUUAUUACCUCUCUCCCCCGCCGGCAGCGCUGCGGCUCCGGGGCCGCCGCCAACAACGGCGCAGAGGCGGGGGCCGCGGUAGGGGGGUUCCCGACCGGCGACCGGUGCAAGGGAAUGGACGUUAAACGCACGUGGAGGACGCAGAGUAUCCGUCCUCAAAAUGUUUUGUGCAUUCUAGUUUUCAGACUGACUUCGGAAUCAGGAGUAAACUGGUCCGAAUCGUUGGAUUGUAUAUCAGGUUCAGUCCUGUCUGUGUGCCACACUCGCAAAUGGUUUUAAGAACCUGCAUUGGUGCUCAAUAUGAAUUGAUAAAGAAUUUGUUGUGAUGCCUCUAUUGACAAAAUGUAAAUCCGAUAUUUUUGUGUUUUGGACUUUUGCCAACAUUUCAUAGGCUAACAUACAGAUUAAUCAAUAAUGACAAUAAUCUUCAUAGUUGAUCACCAUACUAUGUCUGUGAUUAUUUUAUCUAUGGUACUACAAUACAACGAAUUUAAAUUGUAUUUGGAAACUGGCAAUCACAAUAAACAAUAAGUCAGUAUCUUUUGGGAAUGGGGAAAUGUUCUUCGAGGGUGGAACAAAAUGCCCGAAAGCAAGAGUCGAUCAUGAUUCCCAUUCAUUUGAGUAGAAUCAUUUCAGUUUAACUGAGUGAAACUCGUCCUUUUCAGUUCUCUUUUCACCAAGACCAUUUCAUUGAAAAGGUAUAACAUAAGUUGAAUUAAAUUAAAUUAUCUUGAGAUAUAGAAGAAACACCUUGUAAUGUUGUGGACAGUAUAGGGAAUUUCCAUGAACAUUUGUCUCACCUAAAAUCUCGUGUUUGUUUAAUGAUAGAUUUAUUUUCCUCUGUUGAUAUUAAUGAAAUAAAUACAUGAAUAAUGACAUGUUUUACUGAUGGGGGUUAGUCCUAGCUCACCAGAUUGAUUCCACUUGAAAGUGCAUUCAGUAAAUAGGCACCGUUGAGUAAAUUGAAUUUUUUCAUUUGAGUAAAAAGCAAACUUUUUCCUUUAAUUCAUCAAUCUGACAACACUAAAGACUAGAUUGUUCGAAUCAAUGCUUGCAGGCUAAUAUCACUGCUCUAAAUCGGUCAAAACUGUUGUCUUUCAGGUGUGACAUGUGAGCGACUCCUACACAUAAUAAUGGUCUGUUGUCAUAACAAGGUAUAUGUGACUAACACAGUUACUGAUAUUGGUAUUUCAUUGUAAAUUCAUCAGAUGUAUGAGCCGGUUUAGGUUUUUUUCUGUGCUUGGUUUUUGGUUUCUCUUUAGAUACUCAGAACUGUGCCACACGAUGGUGAAAGAAGCAAGAGAAGGUCGAGGCAGAUGUUAAAUACGGUCUCCACAUUAUAUCAAACAUUUUUAUGAAAGCGAUGAUGGAAAAAUGUAUUCAGCUGUACGGCGAAACAACUGUGUCAUUACUGUAGAGGUUUUGGGGAACACCUGGGCGAAGGCCCAAUGAGUCACAACCGGGUGUGGGGGUGGGUGUCCCCUUUAUGACUAGUUUCAUCAGGGCUCUCCCUGAGCUGCAGCCUGCGGCACCAACGCACACAUCCACAAUGUUUCCAUCGAGACAUUUCGAUGUGGCGAGGGCUGGUUUGAUGAAGAGAGAAUCGAACAGCUUCUCAUCUGUAGUGUUCCACUUCCUGGAAAAAAAGGGUUUGUAAACACUCGGCGUAAAUGUCAGCAGCUCAUGAUUUAUGUCCCUGCCGCUGGUUGGAACAGUCACAAACAUCAGGAGAAGUGACAUAAUUGUUUGGUUGAAAAAUGUUGCCUUUUGAUUUUUUUUUUUUUUGAAGUUUAAUUUUAAAGCUAGCUCUUGAGUGAUUCCUGGUCCCUCUUUUUUUCUUUAUUUGUAAGUCUUGGUCUCUUCCUGAUCAACAAACCCACGAAUUUCCAUUACAGUCCUUAAGACAUCACAAGUCUCUGCUUCAUUCCCAGAAGGAAUAAAGUCCAUCUUGGGCCCGUCCAUGUCUUUGGUGAGGUAGCUGGCGUGUGUUUUUGUGAGUGUCUGCUGUGCCGGCUGUAGGCAUCAUACGGGUUCUGGCCAGGUUGUGGUCUCCUGCCUCCCCGUACUCUGCUUCCGCCUGCGGUGUGGCGUGCCUCCUUCCUGUGUGUGUGUGUGUGUGUGUGUCAGUGGCAGUUUGGCCUGAUUUAUAGGCCCCUGAUCCACAGCGUUUUGGACCCCACCUCCGCUGCUGGAAUGGCUAUUCCAUGUGUCGGUGGUGGCUCCACCUGGGUGGUUCUCCACUGAUGGGGGUCAGAUGUGGUCCUGCUCACAGGCUCCAGGAGCUCAGGGGAACGUAACCUGCAGACCGUCUGGAGAGAAAGUGCUUUCAGAAAAUGUGAUUCCAGGCCAAAGAGGUUUUACUUUUAUUUAAAGCAACAAGCGCUUGCAAUAUAACGAAAGCCUAAUUUCUAACUUUCCUUUUGAAAUAUUCUUUACAUUUCAACCCAACAUUAAAACAAAAUAUAAGUCGAAAGAUAUUGAUGAAGUUCAGCUUUUACUGGAAAGAGUUCAACUUGUGAAUAUUACAUCUAACCUCCAGAGAAUUUCUUCAAAUGGGGCGCAAGCAGCCUACUCGUAUUAAGGAUGAACUGAUCCGAUUUCACGGGUCAAAGGUCAAGGUCACUAUAACUUUAAGUUUCUCUCAUUCUCAUGACAUCACUGCAGCUAAUUUCUUCAAAUUUAGCACAAACGUCCACCAGGACUCAAGAAUGUACUGGUUAGUAUUUGGUUUUCACGGGUCACUGCAGUCAUAAUACACGUGUUUUGGCCUUAACGCUAAUUAAAAUAACCCUUAUUAUUACUCUUAUUCCAAGAGGAAGGAAAGCAAAUAGUCAAACCGUAAAGGUGUAAUACAUUAAGUAAAGCUUAAAAAAAUCAGCAAGAUUUAAAAAUACAAUAUAAUCAGAUUGAGUGGUUGUAUACAUACCAGUGUUUAUCAUGCAUGAUAUUGCAAAUGAACACAUGAAUAAUACAUGUAUUCUCAUAGUGGGGGGUAACUUUUAAUAACUCGAUGAAAGCGCGUUGUAGAGAUAGACAUUGCUUUUACAAGUUUUAAAUGAAAUUGCAAUAUGACGGUUAACUUCCUCAUGCCCUCCCAAUGCCGGUCGCUCCAUUUUACGCAGUGACGCGCCGUCCCUCGCGGCCCCCCCUCCUCUGCGGGGCUCUCGCCGAGCCUCCGCUGUUUAAAUGGGCCAAGUUGAGAAGCGGCGGAGAGUGCAAAUCUUGUUUGGUCUGGGUCUGUGAACUUCAGCGUGACUUCAACGACAUACACAGGGGUUAAAAACAACUCUUUUCAAAUUUUCAACUGUAUUAAUGCUGUGCAAAAUACUUAAGAACAUCAAGCUCGGUAUGUUUGGCUUGUGGGUUCUGGUUAAUGAGAGUUUUGAGUCACAGUAGAAAUGUAUCAGCAGUUUAUUUUUAUUGUCUUCAUCGUCGUUGAAUUUGGUUCUUGGCCACGUGUAAACUCCCCAUAACUGAAUCCAUGUGCUUUGUUUUCGAAGACGGCACAGCCGAUUACAAAUUUCGCAUCUACUCGUUAAAUAUGUAUGUUUUGAAAUACCCAGGCUACUUCUAAUUUCCCCAAAGGCGAAAAAAAGACGCGUCGCUGCGACUCGUAACGGUCACCAUAGGUAACAUAAUGUCGGGCGCUCAGGGCUCACCAUGUCAGGUAUUAACAGACCGAGUGUGAUUAAAUGUGGGAGGUGGAAGCUGCGAGGCUGGCAGAGAGCGCUGCUGCCGCUGCGAGCUGGAAACUACUGAAUGGGAAUCUAUCCGGCAACUUCACCAGACCGCUGUCUCACGGCGACACGGGGUCUCUGCGUAAAACCAAGCGGCGCGUCUCCAAGUCUGGCUCAGCCCAACUCGCAGGCGGAGAGGACGCUGAAGUUGGAUCGGGCGAGCAGCUUCUCACUUGUUACCGGCGCUCGGCACCCACCAACAUGCCUGCGAUCAAGAAGGAGAGGCUGGAUGGGGACGACAUGGCAUUGACUGCGUUCAACCAGUCCGAAUACUUGGCCCCUUUAAAUGCCGCCGCUAUCCCCGUGGUGACCCCGCACCCGCCGCCGUACGACCACAUUUUCGCCCAUCACCGUGCGUACUUGGGGCUCCACGACUCGGCGCUGCAUCACCAGCACCUCCACCAUCACACGGACGACUUGAUGCUGGAGAGGUUCUCCUCCAUCCCCGACUUUCAGCCCUUCUUCGACAACGGGGAGCCGUGCAUCGAGGUGGAGUGCGGGGAAAACAAGGCUUUGCUUUAUAUCAAUAAAUUGUGUCAAGGUAGUAAGGGGCCCUCGAUCAAAUACAGGGGCGAGUGGCUUACCCCCAACGAGUUCCAGUUUGUCAGUGGACGCGAGACCGCCAAAGAUUGGAAACGCAGUAUCAGACACAAAGGGAAAAGUCUCAAGACUCUUAUGUCCAAAGGAAUCUUACAGGUGCACCCGCCGAUCUGUGAUUGUCCAGGUUGUCGAAUUUCAUCUCCAGUGAACCGAGGACGCUUGGCAGAGAAACGCACCAUCCCCCUUCCCCCCAACCGGGUGCCCAAGAAGGAGCUGGCCUCCAUCUUCAGCAGCGACGACAGUGAAGGCAGCGACCGAGCCAGUGGGGAUCACACCCACAUCAAACAGGAGGACGAGUUGCAUUACAGUAUCAUGAGAAAGAGUCGUGACAGUGACCUCUCUACAAUCAUCUCCAAUCUGCACCACACCAGACAGCACGGCAUGCCCGAGGGCCAGUCAGCCUCCGACCACAACACCAGUACUGGACACACAGAUGACCUUCUAGGAAAGAGAAGAAGCUUUUCUCCCAACAGUAGCAGCGAGUGUCCCUCUGACAGCAAGAAGUCACGUAGCGUAUCCCCCAAAGAGAACUCCCAGAGCCCGGUGGUGGAGGCAGGCAGCAGCCACGGCCACAUGAGCCCCGAGGAGCACUACAGGCGCAUGAUGUCAGCGCUCAGCGAGCAGGGGUCCUUUGAGGAGCAGCAGCAGCGGCUCUACCAGCUGGCGAGCAGCAUGGGUCUGCCUGGCCCCGGUCAGUCCACAGGCUCCGUAUUUGUAGAUAUGCUCCGUGCUCGCCAGGAGGCGUUAGCUGCAGCGGUCAGGAAUCCAGGGGCCUUAGAAGCUCACCUGCCAUCGGCGGGCAGCUCCUCUUCGUCCAGCCAGAGACGCAAGCAGGGUCUGCCGCAGCAUCGGGACGCGCAUUACACUGACAGAGAAAUGUCCCACCCUCCACCCUUAUUGUCCCCACCAACUGCCCCCCACAUCGCCUUAGGAGCUCACCUGCGGCCCCCUUUCCUGGGCAUGCCCUCUGCUCUUUGCCAGGCCCCCGGUUAUGGUUUCCUCCAACCGGCCCAAGCUGAGCUCUUUGCUCGGCAACAGGAGAUGCUGAGGAAGCAAAACCUGGCCAGACUUGAGAUGUCUGCAGAGCUGCUGAGACAGAAAGAGUUGGAAAGUCUCCAUCAGAGACAGCAGCAGCAGCGUCUUCUGGGCUCUGAGCCUUUGGGAGCUCUACCUCCUGGCCUGCCCCCCGACCAUCCGGCCCUGCGCAGCCUCCACGACAUCCCAGAGGGCCACCCGCUCCGCGAGGAGCUGCUCCGCCGCUCUAACGCAAUGAUGGUGCUGCGCCAUGGGGCCGCCACACCCCUCCUAUCCCUCAGCCACCACCAGCAUCAACAACAAGGACCACCCUCCGGACCCAAAGACAACCAGGCGCACAGAUCUACCGCUGGCCCGGAUGCCGAAUUCAGGAAGGCCCCCCGCAGGGCCCCCCAGGCACAGCACCAUGCUCGGGAUCACACGGAAGGGAGGGAGGACAGAGGACGGCUGGGGGACAGGGAGGCGCACGAUGAGGAGAUGAAGGACUCGGACAGUGAGACAGAGACGUGUGAGGAGAAGCAGGACAGUGUCGCUGCCAAGUCGAGCAGUAAACCCAGGGAGAGAGAGCGGGGUGUCAUCGAGUCUGCUGCCAAGGAGACCGGAGAGGGCUCAGGCAGACUGAGCGUCCCUUGUAGUUCAACAGGUACGGAGUCCCCUGGGCGCCUCCUCUUCACGCCUGGACUGGGCAAGGGUGACGUCAAGUACCAACUGCCCCCUGGGUUCAUGCCCCCCCUGCCUGCCCUUCAUGCCCAGUCGCUGCCCUUUGGAUUCCCCUACGCCAACCCCUACUUUCACACAGGCUCUGUAGGAGGUCUUUUCAUGGAUGGGGAGGAAUCAACCACAGCAAACCCUGUGGAAGAUAUCAGCAAGUGGAGUGUGGAGGACGUGUGUGGCUUCAUAAGCAGCCUGGCUGGAUGUGCUGAAUACACACAGGUGUUUCGGGAGCAGGCCAUUGAUGGAGAAACAUUACCGCUGCUCACUGAGGAGCACCUGCUCAACACCAUGGGACUAAAGCUGGGGCCUGCCCUCAAGAUCCGCUCACAGGUGGCGCGGCGCGUUGGCCGCCUCUUCUACAUGACUGGAUUCCCGCUGGCGUUCCCGUUUCCGCCUUCUGCCGCACUGCGCCCCCCGGAACGCGAUCGGGACCCCCUGACAACGCCAUCUGACACACUCCUGCCUCUCUCCCUGUCCCUGCCCCACAGACCCACUUCAGCCAGCAGCAGUUCCUCCCCAUACAGCGGCCCCACCCCAGGGUGCUCCUCCCCCAAGCAGGAAAAUGGUAACUGCUCCACGGUAGCCGGAAGAUACGAGGCCAAAACUCCUUCGUAGAAAAGGACAGGCCGGGAUGAAGAGGCCAGACUCAAACUAACCCAACCCACCGAUAUUGACUGCCGAGGCGCUUUUUGAUGGACUCUCUCCAUUCCGGGGAAAAUAUUGGAGUGGAAUAAAAGACAACUGUACCGUAUCCAGCAAAAACAAUCAGCUUAAUAGUUCCCCUGCAUUGGUUGCAUCCAAGCGGAAUCUAAACUGGGCUGGAGGGGAGUUACGUGAAGCGGCAGAGGGGGAAAAAAAGGGAACGAACAAAAAAGAAUGAGGAGACAGCUGGUCACAGACAGCCUGCCAAAAAAAAAGAGCGAUGGCCUGCCACAAAUGUGAAAUUCUUGCAAGUCAGACGCUAGCGAAUACUCCUCCUUCCUUCCUGGAGGAAGCCCCGCUCACUCGCUUUCUUUCUCUUGUCUCCGACUGCUCUCAUCACGAGUCCUGAAGAAUCCGGGAAUUAAAGAGAGACGUCCUCCCCUUCUUGUCAUCCUCCUCCUUUCCCUCGCUUGUUUCCCGAGGCCCAACAGCAGCGUGGAGUUGAAGCAUAUGCUGAGCUCCUCUUAUCACUGCAACUAUGCAUUCCACUGUCCCGAUACCAAAGAUGACUGGAUAUGUGGAAUUGGAAAAAUGUUUCACGUGUCUGCAUUUUUUUCUUUUUUCUUCGCAUUGACGGUCACAGGGAAAGGCUAGCGCGUCACAUGAUGUGGCACAGGAAGAGUUACGGACAAAGUGGAGAAGCCUUAAUGGUGGCUAUGGUGUGUACGGCUUACGUCAUUGUAUGCUCGCAUUGACUACUGUGGGAGGUAGGAAAACAUGCAAAAUUGUACAGAAUCAUUAAGAUGAAAAUAUCCUGAAGGUUACAUACGUGGUACUUUUUUUCUUUUUACAUAGUUGCACGAAUAAGGUUUUCUUUUAAGAAAAAUGUGACUUGGUAUUUUCGUUCAUACUUUUGUCCUGCCAUAAAAAAAAAACGCUCGCUCCGAUCUUGAAUGCUACUUAAGCAUAUAAAUAUGAGGAAAAAUAUUUAUAGGACUUUUGAUGUAGUAGAUAAAGCAGAUUAUGACAUGUAUUAUAAUUAGCCCUUAAGAUGGAUUCCAAAGAUACUUUAACUUUGUUUUCUCUUGGUUGCAGGGGAAAGAAAGGCACAAAGCUCUUAUUGCAAAUGUUUGGAAUUUGUUAAGGAUUUUUUUUUUUUACUACGCAAGCAAUGAAUUAAAAAUGGUCUAGAUUUCCCUUCUAAAAGUUUUGUCUUCAUCCUAUUUUUCUAUUUACCACACAGGUAAAAUAAAUCCUAAACCAAG